AUGUCAUCAGAAAACACGAUUCCAAUACUCGUUGAGUUCACGGGUGGCCUGGAGAUGCUAUUUGGAGACGAACGCAAACACAAGCUGUCCAUCCCAAGCAAGGAUGAACAGGGCAACGCUGUAAACAUUGGGUGGCUUGUCAAGUACCUAUGCGACAAGGUCAUGAAGGAUUCAAGAAAGGAGAUGUUCGUCUUGGACGGUCACGUCCGCCCGGGUAUCCUAGUCCUCAUCAAUGAUGCAGAUUGGGAGCUGGAAGGAGAAGCCUCUUACGCCCUGCUACCGAACGACAAUAUCCUGUUCGUUUCAACACUUCACGGAGGCUGA